CUUCGAGCACGCUUUCUAUUUUCUUCUGGAAAAUAGCCUUUUUUCUCUUUUUUUUCUUGGGUUUUACGUUUCUGCAGCUUUAUCAAAGGUACUUCAUCCAUGUCGUCGGAGUCCUCUUCAUUCCUAGAAACACCCAUUACAUUUGGGUGAAUUUCAGCUAGACUUUCAUCUCCUGAUGAAGAAUUCUCAUUGGCAAUAAUGCUUUCCCAAUCAAUCCUGUUUUUCGAGGAAACAGACUCAUCUUCAUUUUGGCUAGUGGAGUCUUUGCAUUGCAUUCCUCCUCCGUGAUAAGCAAGCAAACAGAAUUUGUAUAACUAAAAAAAAAAAACAAAAAAAAACGAAGUGUAUGAAUCAAUAUUUAGGUGGCAUACAACGGUGAAGAGCCUUCCAACCAAAACAUUCGCAAAGUUAUAUAGUUUUCGAAGGCAGAAAAAUCUGUACGAAUAUAGAAAUUAAAUAUUAAAUGUCUCUAAUUUUUGAGAACCCUCAAAUCCUCAUUCCGCCAAAAGGUCGCGAAGUUAUAUGUUUUGCCUCUGGGAUGAGUUGACCUUUCCAUCUACCAACACCUUAGAACAAGGGAGGCAAAAUGUCAUUUUACGACGAAAUUGAGUUGGAAGAUUUCACUUUUGACGCUGACUUCAAUUUGUAUACUUUUCCUUGUCCUUGUGGAGAUCGCUUCGAAAUCAGUUUGGAUGACCUUCGUUCAGGAGAAGACGUAGCUCGUUGUCCCAGCUGCAGCUUGAUUGUCCGCGUUAUUUACGACGAGGACGAGUUUAUGGAAGUAGAAGAAAAUCCAUCUGCUCCUGUCAUCAUUGCUGCUUAAGCGAAUUCAAUUGGUUUUCUGCUUUGACAUAUUUAUUUGCAGAUUGUGAUUGUUUACUGUUGAUGAAUGAACUUUGCUUUAGGGGAAAUCCCUUUUCAUAAAACAUUAGGAGGAAACAAAGUUUUUCUACAGGAAUGAAAACAUAUAACUUUAAUGAACGGGUUAUAAAAAUAUCCUUUUCAAUGGAUGGGUUCUAUAUCAGGAUUAUAUCUGGGGAAAAAAAAGCUGCUUCUAUCAAUAAGAAGUUUUUAACGAUGCCGACAGUCAGCAUACCUAACCAAGUUGCUUCGACCAUCAAGCCUUCGGCUUGAAAUCUGACAAAGAAAUGAGCCCACUUAUUUUGUUGGUUUGCCCUGGCAUUUAGGAAUAUGGAUUUAUAUCACUCUACAGAUCGAUCCAUUGCUACAUGGUUGAUGAAUUGCUUCCCAAUUUGGUGGUUUUUUGUAUAAUAAAAUUUUUUUUGUUUCUUUUUUAUUUUCCAGAAUUGCCUUGAUUACUAUUGCAUAUCUCAUAAAUAUCUUUGUGAUUUUAUUUUUGAAAACCAG